UUCAUUUUGUGUAAUUUUGUUGGAGUGAAGAGUCGGGUCUGAUUUCACUGAAACAGGUUUUUUUUGGGAGGGUUCUGGUCAGAGAUUUCACAACUAAACGCAGUGUAAUAUUUUAAGUAACACACAUCUAACAUCAAAAUGCCAUCUGAUAACAAAAAGAAGAGAGAUGCCAGAAAAAAAGAGGCUGCCAAAAGUCGACUGUUGAAAUUCGGUGGAGCUGAACCUGAAGCCGAAGUAAAAGAAAAUGGUGAAGAAAAUGGAAACGUUGAAAAUGGUGUCCAAGAAAACGGCGUAAAUGGUAAAGAAGUCAAUGGCAAGGACGUUAAGAACAAUGGAGCACAAGAAAUAGAAAAAGCUACCAAAGGAAUGGAUGAUUUAGCUAUGGCAGCCAAGUUUCGGUCAUGUACUGGCAAUUUAACAUCACACGCUCUGAGUCGUGACAUCCAUCUUGAUCAUCUAUCCAUGAGAUUCCAUGGUGCCGAACUUCUGAUGAAUACCAGUUUACAUCUGAAUGUUGGAAGAAGAUACGGUCUGAUUGGUGCUAACGGCUGUGGAAAAUCAUCAUUACUAUCUGCCCUUGAAGCUAGAGAAUUACCCAUACCCAAACAUACUGAUAUAUAUUUAUUACGUCGUGAGAUGCCCGCUAGCGAUAUGACUGCUCUAGAAGCUGUAAUGGAGGUUGAAGAAGAGAAAAACAGGCUAGAAAAAGAAGCUGAAGAAUUAUCAGACAAAACCGAUCAAGAUUCAAUGGAUCAGUUGAUGGAUAUCUACGAACGUCUGGACGAUAUGGACGCGUCUAAAACCGAAGCGCAGGCCGCAUUUAUAUUACAUGGUUUAGGUUUCACUAAAGAAAUGCAGAAUCAGAAAGUGAAGAAUUUUUCUGGAGGAUGGAGAAUGAGAAUUGCUCUGGCUCGUGUUUUGCUGAUUAAACCAGGCCUACUAUUACUCGAUGAACCUACAAAUCAUUUAGAUUUAGACGCUUGCGUCUGGUUGGAGAAUGAAUUAUCUACGUACAAAAGAAUAUUGGUGGUUAUAUCUCAUUCACAAGAUUUCCUUAAUGGUGUUUGUACAAAUAUUAUCCACAUGCAGUUAAAAACACUGAAAUUAUAUGGUGGUAAUUAUGAUUCCUAUAUACAGACAAGAUUUGAAUUGGAAGAAAACCAAAUGAAAAGAUAUAAAUCAGAACAAGAUCAAAUAGCACAUAUGAAGAACUAUAUAGCUAGAUUUGGUCACGGUUCAGCCAAGUUAGCCAGACAAGCUCAGAGUAAAGAAAAGGUUUUAAAAAAGAUGGUGGACGGUGGACUUACGGAAAAAGUUUCAAAAGAUCAGACGAUAUCAUUCUGUUUUCCAAGUUGUGGUACAAUACCCCCACCUGUUAUUAUGGUACAACAUGUUUCAUUUAGAUACGCUGACGGAAAGCCAUGGAUUUAUCAAAAUUUAGAUUUUGGUGUUGAUUUGGAUACAAGAGUAGCUCUGGUCGGACCAAAUGGAGCCGGCAAAUCUACGUUACUUAAUCUGAUUGUUGGAGAUUUGGUACCAUCGGAUGGUUUAAUACGAAGACAUUCUCAUUUACGAAUAGCCAGAUAUCAUCAGCAUCUUCAAGACCAGUUGAAUUUAGACAUGUCCGCCUUGGAGUGGAUGAUGGCACAGUUCCCAGAGGUCACAGAACGAGAAGAAAUGAGAAAGAUAGUAGGUCGAUACGGUCUGUCCGGUCCACAACAGGUCUGCCCAAUCCGAAAUUUAUCUGAUGGUCAGAGAUGUAGAGUUAUCUUUGCUUGGUUGGCAUGGCAAUCUCCCCAUUUAUUACUGCUUGACGAACCUACUAACCAUCUUGAUAUAGAAACCAUCGACACGCUGGCUGAGGCGUUAAAUGAAUUUGAGGGUGGUAUAAUGUUGGUUAGCCACGAUUUUAGACUUAUUAAUCAGGUGGCUGAAGAAAUUUGGGUCUGUGAGAAACAGACGGUCACGAAAUGGGACGGUGAUAUUUACAGUUAUAAAGAAGCUCUUGUUAAACGUGUCAAAUCCAGAAACGCAAAACUAAAACUACAGAAGAAAAAAUGAUGACAAUGAAAAUUUAGGAAAAAAAAAAAAAUAUUUAAAUUCUAGGACAAUUCAUAUACUUACCUUAAAUUUAUUUAUUGAAUUAUCAAACCAGUCAUUUUAUGUGUUUACAUCAUUAUAGUUAUUUACGUCAACAGAACUGCGGAACUUGAUUCGCAGAAAGACGCUUUAGAAUUAGUCAUUUGAUGAUCAAUAAAAAAGCGGGUAAAAAAUACGAGUUCAGAAUUUAUGGCGCUCUGCCUACUCUUAGGUUCUUUUUCCAUGUGUGCAUUUCAGUGCAUGUCGUCGUGCUUACCGACCUUUUGCUGCAUACAUGGGAACGGUCCCAUUUCAUUUCAUACAUGACAAUGUAAAACUGGCCGUAGAAUUAAAGUUAUAUUAAUAUGUUUAUACUAUGUAUAAGACUACUAUUCAUUAAAAACAAAAGGGUGAAGAUUUUAGUAAGAUUCAGAAAAAUUAAUAAAAUUUAUAUUUAUCAGUUAUCACUAGAAUUGGGGGGUGUUUGUUUUAUUCAAAUAUAUCUUUUUUUCCAGUCUUCAAAUCUGAAUUAUUUAUAGAAAUACAAUUAAUUGUAUGUAAAAGAAUGCUUAUUUUAAAAUAGCGAAAGGGAUAACGGGGCUUUAUUUAGAAAAAUAUCACAAAAAAAAAAAUUAACUUUAGCCCAGAUGAACUUGAAUGUGUUCCAAGAUUUGAACGAACACCUUUGGUCAAUGAAAAAGAAAAAAAACGAUAUCCAUGGAAUAUUUGAAUUCUGGAUGGAUGAAAAAACAAUGGCCAUGAAACAAUUGGGGAGCUUAGGAAUAUUUUUAUGUCGUAUUUUAUUUCAUAUUUUGCAAAUUAUUUCUUCAGGUAUCUGUUCUCUCUGUUUUCAACUAGAAAUCUUGUGUUAAUUUCUAAAAGUAUAUUAUUUUUGUACAUCAAGGUAAAUAUGACUUGAAUAAGAGCCUUUGAGAAUAGAAUACUCAUCAUUGUGGCAGGGCAGCAUCUUGGGUAUGUUUCCAAGGACCCCUCAAACCCCCUAAAAUUCUUAUGUGGUGCUUACGACUUUGGUGAAGUGAGUGAAUUGAGGCAAAUCUCCCGGUCAACCCACCCCAAAAUUGUUAGGACAUAUAAUAUGUAUGGAGCCAUGCACGCAUUUCCGAUGGUAACAUGGAUGUGAUCCCAAUAUAUUUGUAUUUUGUAACUUAAAAAGUAAUUUAAGUAAAAUAGAAUUAUCUGAACAGAGAAAAAAAUUAGAUAUAUUGAAUGCUCAAUGUAUACUAAACUGAACUUGAUGUAACUGGUUCUGAUCCUUAAGGGCAGCCCUGUCACUGCUUUAUGUAAAUUAUGUUAAGAUAGGGGAAGUGAAAAUAUUAAAUUAAUAAUUAUCGAUGUGAUAUUUGCAUGUAUGUAAAAUUGUAUAUAGAAUAUAAACUACCAUUAUAUCACCUGUGUCAUGCUUUGUUUUUAGAAAAACAUGUUAUUUUUUUUUUUUUUUUUGCAAGGUGGAAGUAUUUUUUGUUUCGUUUUUUUUAUUUUCACAAAGUAAAUCAAAUUUUUCUGUUUAAUACGCAAACUACAACAGACGGAUUAUAAAACAUGGUUCAAAGCAAGGGUUUUUUUAAUGAAAAUUUAUAUUGCUUAAAAAAUUUGGUUAAGUACUCAAUUUAAGUGAUUUUAGUUUCAUCAAAUAAAGCCUUGUCCAUGUUAAUUUCUUGCCAAAUAUGAAAUCAAAAAUCUGUCAAAAUGUAACUUAUUACUAUUUAUUCUGCUGAAUUCAAAUUUAAAUAUAUUACAGCUUGUUGAAAUAUCAGUAAACCUGUUUAAGUGUACCACACUUUAAGCCAAAGGUUUAAUAAAAUAAAUUGGCAUUUUAUCUAUAAAUUGGUGUUAUAUCUAUAAAGUCUGUUGAAUUGAAGGUUUAAUAAAUUAAAUCAGUGUUUUAUCUAAAAGGUCUGUUGAAUUGGAGAUUUAAUAAAAUAAAUAGGAGUGUUAGUAUCAAUAAAGUCUGAAUCUACUAUUAUACAAGUUUAAAUAAAUGAACAUUUAGUUAGAGAACAAGGUUUAUUAUAAAUCUCCAUAUUUAUACAGAAUCUGAUCUGUUGUACAAUAUGAACCAUUGUGGUCUAGUUCUGUCUGUACCACACGACUAUUUCAUUGUAAAUAAAUAAAACAAAUAAACAACAA